GUAUAAAUCAAGUAUUUUAUAGAACUAUAUAUUAUAUACACACUCUCAUUUCUCGUAAUAGAAAAUAAAAAAACCAGACCAUAUAUUAUAUAAAAAAAAGAUGGAAAUAAAGAAGGAUAAGAAAGAGGAAGAACAAUUUCAUGUCUUUCAUAAGGUUCCUUCAGGUGAUGGCCCUUAUGUUAGAGCCAAACAUGCUCAGCUAAUUAUGAAGGAUACAGAAGGAUCAAUAAUAUGGUUUUGGAAAGCCAUAAAUGAAGGGGACAGAGUAGACAGUGCAUUAAAAGACAUGGCAGUUGUGAUGAAGCAAUUGGAUAGAAGUGAAGAAGCCAUUGAAGCUAUCAAAUCUUUUAGAUACCUUUGCUCUAAACAAGCUCAACAAUCUCUAGACAAUGUCCUCCUUGAUCUCUUCAAGAAAUGUGGAAAAGUGGAGGAACAAAUAGUGUUAUUAAAGCAAAAGUUGAGACAAAUAUAUGAAGGGAAGUUGUUCAAUGGGAGGCCUAUUAAAAUUGCUAGAUCUCAUGGGAAGAAAAUUCAAGUUACUAUCACCCAAGAGACUGCAAGAGUUCUGGGUAAUUUGGGUUGGGCUUAUAUGCAAAAAGGAAAUUUUAUGGCAGCAGAAGUGGUGUACAAGAAAGCCCAAAUGAUUUAUGCAGACAGCAACAAGGCCUGCAACCUGGCCCAAUGCUUGAUCAAGCAAGCCCGAUAUGACGAGGCUCGUUAUAUUCUCGAAGAUGUUUGGAAAGGUAAAUAUUUAGGUUUUGACGAUCCAAAAACAAAGGAUCGAGUUGAAGAAUUAUUGUUGGAAUUGGACUCGAAGCAACCCCCACCCUUCUUGCAAAACAUACCGGGCCUCAAUUUGGAUGACGAUUUUGUAAAUGGGCUUGAACAGUUGAUUAAUGAAUGGGCCAGGCCCAAAUCAAGAAGGUUGCCAAUAUUUGAGGAAAUCUCUACAUUUAGAGAUCAAUUGGCUUGUUGAUGGAUUUCUCUUUUUGGACUUUGGGGUUUAUGGUUAGUAAGGUUUAGAUGUUAAUUAUAUGAAAUUAGAUGUAUAAAGUAAGAGACAUGUGAUAUGUAAAAAUUGUAAUGUAAAUUAUAGCUUGGGGCAAAGUUUGGGAAAUGUUAAGUCUGUUUGAUCAAGUUUUUGAAAAGACAAAAGUGCUUAUUUUA